AAUUCUUCUGACUCCAAAAAUGCUGGGUGCGUUAGAACUCCUUGUUAAGCAGAGAGAGGCUUGUGGGGUUCUAAAGGACAAUGGUUAUAUGUUUGCAAGACCAGAAGCUAUGACACAUUUCCGAGGUUCAGACUGCAUUCGUGGCUUUGCAAAGGCAUGUGGUGCAAGGUGCCCCGAGUCGCUAACAUCUACCAGACUGCGAAAGCAUGCUGCAACCCUUUCAACAGUCCUGAACAUGACAGAUACAGAGAUGGAUCAGCUUGCCAAUUUUCUUGGACAUGAUAUAAGAAUCCAUCGUGAGUUCUAUCGACUACCUGAGAAGACGCUGCAGCUCGCCAAGAUCAGCAAAGUUCUAAUGGCACUGGAGCAAGGAAGAUUAGCAGAGUUUCAUGGCAAGAACUUGGAUGAAAUUGGGAUAGAUCCAGAUGAAAAAAUUCUGGACAGUGAUGAAGACACGAGUGCACAGGAGGAAAAGCGUUCAUCAUCAACAUCUACUGUUGAUGAGCCAUCAGCAGAAGAGUCACUUUCUCCCACCAAGAAGAAUGAAAUGCCGCCACCACCACCACCUAAGAAAUACAAACGACUAUCAGAUGAAGAUGAGACACCUUCAAGAUUCGGUGCUAUGAGGCAUUCUUCCAAAGGUAAAGCUACCCAGAAGAAGAAAAGACCCUGGAAGCAGACAGAGGUGCAGGCGGUGGAAAGGCACAUGAAUCGAUUCAUAACAGCUUGCACUGUACCAGCAAAGAGUGACUGUGAGAGGUGCUUAAGGGCUGAACCAGAAGCUCUUAAAAACCGGGACUGGCAGAACCUGAAGUUCUAUGUUUACAAUCGCAUUACGGCCUACAAAAAGAAACUGUAGCAUACAUAAUGUGAAGAUUACCAACUCUACGGUAUGGUCAUUUUUGUUUCUCAUAUUUCAGCAAAAAGGUGGAGCUUAUUUCCUGUUGUUUUAAAAGCAUUUCCACAUUUUGUUAUUUUGUUCUGAAGU